AUGGAUGAAGAUGAACGCCAGAGGAAGUUAGAAGCUGGGAGAGCUAAGAAAUCAUCUAACGUGCCUCCUAAGAAGUCGCUUGCUAGCUUCCGACAGAAGCGGGCGAAGAGCAACGGUGCGAGGGCGACGAAAAAGGCGGCGACGAGGGCGGGCCCGCCUGUCUCGCAGGAUGUCGGUGCGACGCAAGACUGCCACGUAGCGCCGCCGCUGCCGACCAAUCACAAAGAGCCUGAUCGGAACUCCGUGCUCGAGGCUGCACUGAGCCCCGAGAAGGCGGAGGUUCACCGACAGAAGGAUGAGCUUUUUAGCAUUGAGACAAACAGUUCUCCCGUUGGUGAACUGCGAGAUGGGGAGCUGCUUGCACUCACCAGUCAAGAGCAGUUGCAGCAGUUAAAGAAAGCGGUAGAGAAGCGUAAUGAGAUCAUUGCAAAACUCAGCACCAACUUGCAGGAAGCCCUGGCAAGUCGAGACGAGAUGCAGGUAGAAGUGCAGUACCUCGCCAGUCAGAUCCAGGCCCUCCAGAAGCAGCUCCAACAAACGAACGUGGACUUUCAGCGCCUUAAAAGUCAGCCCGGAAAAGAAGUCCGUGAUGUGACUGAGCAGCAGGACCUAAGUAUGGAAGACGUGUCAGUAGAGCAGUCUGGGAGCACCGGCCUCGGCUCUCAAACCAGCGGAGAGGGUUUCGGCACAGACAGCGAGACCGAGACGGACGGCGUCCUGUCGGAGCUGCGGGCUAAACUACGAGAGGAGCAGGAUAACUGCCUGCGCCUGUGUUCUGAACUGGAGAAGGAGAAGGAGAAUCACCAACAUGUGCUUUCUUUACUGGAGGAUGAACGAAAGGAAGUGCAGACCCAGCUGAGCCAAAUGCAGAGUCGCUGCCUUGAGGAGAAAGACGUGCUGAACAGAGAACUGCUGCAGCUGAGAAAGAGGCUUGAAGAUGAGGAAGUAACGCGGUGGAGAUGGCAGGAGGAGGACACUACGCUCAAAUGCCGUCUCCAGAGCCUUGAGGACGAGCGAUUAAGACAAGAGGAGGAAGUGAGAAUGUUAAAAGACGAGCACAGGAAUGAGCUGGAGAAAGUCAAUCGGUUGUUGGAGGAGAGUGUGAAAGAAGUCACAGCACUGAAAGCUUCCAAGAACCUCCAGAACCAAGCCAAAGCUGCUUCUAGCUUUGCUGAGAUCAUCAGCACCGAUGAAAGCAAUAGUGAAAUGGGACUGGUCCAGGACAACAUGAAUGUGUCUGUGUCUGGGGACCUUUUAAUGGAGCGCUACUUUGCACAAUCUUCAACAUGUCACGUUAGAGCUUGCGGAAAACUGGACAUCUCUUCAGACCAAAGUGAUGUUUUCUGCAACCAACCAGAGCUGAACAGCGAUGUUUUUUGCGAUCAACCCCUGCCGUCCAUUUCCAACUGUGCCCCGAAAGAAACCUGGGAGGUCUCCCAUGGCCUUACUGUGUCUGACAGUUCAAACGCCCAGUGGCUCAACAAUUCUGUUUUUGAACCGGCGGAGACGAGCGGCGUUUCCGACCAGCUUUUCAGAGAGACUGAUCUCACCAAAGAGCUGUUGAGUCAGCAGUGCGGUGAGCUGCGUCAGGAGCUGUUAAUGAAAGACCAUGACUUGAAUGCGAUGCGAGAAGAAAUCCGCAAGACCGCUGAAGAUCUGGAAGAGGCUAGAAGCAGGUGGGCUCAAGUUACAGAAGAACUCAUGGAAGCCCUCAGGGAGCUUGAGGAGGAAAAGGAGAGGAGGAGAUGCGUCGAGGAGAACAUGAACUUGAAUAGCAAUCAACAAGACUGCCUUAAGAACGAACUAACUGCCUUACAGGAAGGAAAAGCAACAGAAAUGGCAUCGGAAACCUCUCUGCACUCGACGUUAGAAGAGGAUAAACUGUUCGAGGAGAAUGGUAAAAACGAGCCGGAGAUGCUGCAAGUGUCUCUUCAGAAGAUUAAGCAGACUGUGAAUGGUACUCCACAUGAUGACAACUGUCUGGAAACAGUGCAGGCCAAUUGUAAUGAACUCCUAUUGGAGCUCGAGAAAAUAAAAAGUAGUUAUCAAACAACAUCUGCAUUUCUGGAUGAAAGGACUAUAGCGAUGGAGCAAAUGGCUGAAGAGCUCCAAACAACACGUGCCCAGCUACUAAGCUUCCAAACACAGGUAGAAAGCUUACAGGUGGAACUGGAAAAGAAGCAGAGCAGUUUGCAAAGUGCUGAAGACAUGAGAAGGGACUUGGAAACCAAGCUGGUUAACCUGGAGGAGGAAAAAGCUCAGGCACUACAGGAAAAAGACACAUACUGGAGAAAACAAGAGGAGAUGGGGGAAGAGAUGAAGAAAAUGGAAGAAGCGCUUAAGGAGGAACUUGAUCAGUUUGAGAACUUGAUACAAAUCAAGGAUGCAGAGUUAGCCGAAGAGAGAGAAAAGUGGGAGGAUGAGAGACAGGAGAAGGACAAAGAAGUUCAAGAAGUGAGAGAAAUCCUUGAAGAGCUCAGGAUGGAGCGAGAGGAGGAAGUGAAGGCCCUCAUGGAGAGGCAGGUCUUGGCUGUGGAGGAGGCCACGGAAAGGCUCCAGGAGUCCCACCGGCAAGCCAUGGCAGACCUCCUGGAUCAUCAUCAGCAAGAGAUUUCAGAAUUGCACAGCCAGAUGGAAACUGAGCUGCAGAUGCAAAAAGCAGCAAUGGAGCAGGAACAGAAGCGACAGAUAAGCCUCAUCAAACAGGUGACGGAACGCGAGCAUGAGCGGGCGAUGUCCAAGUUGAAGGAACAACAUGACGAGGAGCUCCUUAGGCUGAAGUUGGAGGUCUCCACGGAGGUGACGGAAAGUCUGGAGGCUGCUCACCAGGUUGAAAUGGAACAGGCACAGGCCCUGAAGGCCCGUGAGCUAGAAGCCUUGCACCUGAGCCUAACAAACCUCCACACAACCCAGCUUGAGGUCACCCAGGAGUCCGCUCUUGUGGAGGUGGAGGUCUCUUUGCGGGACCAGCACCAGUUGGAACUGGAAUGUAUCAGAAUAAAGAAUGAGGCAGAGCAGGAACGCCUGCAUGAGUUGCAUCAACGUGACAUUGAAGAGUUGAAACAGAGGUUUGCCGACGAGAAAGGUUCCAUGGAAGAGAAGCAGACCAAGGAGAUACACUUUCUAAGGUCUGAGUGGGCAUUCGAAGCUGAAAGGACCCAGUCUACACUCCAAGAUAGCCUUGCCAGUACAAAGAUAGACCUCGCCAAAACAGAGGCCUCCCUCACCCAAACCAGCCAAGCUUUAAUUGAAGCCGAGGAGUCUUUGUCCCGCACUCGAACGGAGCUGCAGGAGUCAAAAGCGUGCCUGGAAAGCUUUGAAAUCUCAAGUCAGGAGCAGAGGCAAAAACUGGAAGAAGAGCUGAAGCAGGCCUGGGCUGACAGGAGUAUCACUGCCUGUUCUCUGGAGGAUUUGGUGUCUAGCCACAAGGUGUUGCUUCAGGAGAAAGAGCAGCAAGUACGCCAACUAGAGGAGAAGCAUCAACAGUUGCAAGAAGAGAUGUCACGGCUACAGGAAGAGAAAGAUCUCCUUAAGAAGACCUCAAAGCAGGAAGUAGAUCAGUUGUGGACUCAGCUAGAGAGCAUGAGAACCAAUCGUCAAGAGUUAGGAGAACUGAAGGAGCAACUGCUAGCUCGCUCGUCCCGCGUUGAUGACAUUGAGCGCCUCAAGGUUGAAUUUAACAAGCAAAAGCGUGAAAUCGAAGAGCAGAAUGAGACUGAGCUGGAGAGCUUGAGGAGGUACUUUGAGCAGCGUUUGCGUGUGUCUGAGGAGAACUACAGAGAAGAAAUUGCUCUGCUUCAGCUGAAACUGGUGGAAAGUGCUUUGGAGGAUUCUUUGCUUAAAACCACAGAAAACAGUUUCAUAUCUCAAGAUCCAGUAAAAGGGGAAACGGACGAAGUGCAAUGGGACAACAAAAUGGACAAACAAAAGGAAGUGCUUGACACGCAAAUGGAAGACAAACAUAAAACAGAGAUAAAUGACCUCCAAUCAUCCUUUAAAGAAGAAUUGCACAAGGUACAUUCAGAUUUAGCGGACCAUUAUUACCGUGAGCUGCAGGAGAUGAGAAGUCGCCAUUCCUUGGAGUUGGAGCAGCUCCGAGCCAAACUUUCUGACCGUCACAUAAAAGAGGUCACUCGUGUACACAUAGAGGCUGCGAGACAAGUCGAGGUUGAGGUUGAACUGCGUUUAUGGGGCUUCACCGAGGAGCGACACACCAGCUUGACACUCAUCCACACCUUAGAGAAUACAUUAGCUGAUAUGAACAAACGCAACACGGAGUUGCACAUGACCACCCAAAAGCUAAAAAGGGAGUUUGAUGAGGAGCGUGUCAUCCUCAAGGAAUCUCUGGUGCAACAAGGCGAGGAGAAAAUGAGGAGGAUGAGGGAUGAGCACCAAGCUGAACUGGCUGCAGUCAAGAAUGAGCUGGAAGAGGUGAAAACACUUUUACAAAAAGCUCUUUCGGAGGAGAAGGCGAAGGCCAAGAAGACAGAGUGUCCCCAGGCUGUUAAAGCUGAGUUACAACAUGAGAAGAGCACCACGGCAAAGGAAAUGAAAGAGCUCACGGUUUUACUCCAACAGCAGGCAGAAGAGCGACUGAAACAAACUUUAGACAGAUUUGAGAAAGAAAAAGCUGUUUUGGAGCAGUGCUUGGCCCAGAAGAAUGAGAUAUCUUUGGCAGAGCUGCGGAACAAACAUCACACUCAACUGGAAAAGGAACGAGCAGCCCUUGUGGAAAAACACUCCCAAGAGAUGGAUUCGCUCAAUGCCGAACACAAGGCGCAACUGGGUUUGCUCGGCGCCAGGCACGAGGAUCUGAUUGCGUCUGUGACUGCCCGGUUGCAGUCAGAGCACAAUGCCCAGCUUGUCGCCUUGGAAGCGGCUCUCAAUUCCAAGCGAAAGGAGGACCUUGAAGCCCUGGAGGCCUUGUUUGAAGGAACGAGUCAGGCCCAGCUAGAAGUGCGAGAAGCAGAGCUGGCUCAAAAACACCAGGAAGAGAUAGAUGAAAUUGAAAAGAGGAUGCUCAGCAAUAUGGACACCUUGGAAGCCACGUACCUGAAGGAAGUACAUGCCCUGCGUGAUGAAAUGGUCCAUUUGGAAGAGAAGCACCAUCAAGACCUCAUCAAUCAAAAGGAACGUUACUUCACGGAGCAGGAGACUGUAAGAGAGGAGUUGCGAAAGGAGCUCGCUCAAAUGCACAUGGACAAGUUCAGAGCCAUGGCAGCAGAGCUCAACCAUAAUCACGAGGCAGAACUGUUAGCUCAAAAAGAGUCAUUGGAUGCUGAACACUGCAAAGCUCUCAGCACGUUGAAGGCACAGGUUCUAGAACUAGAGCAGCAACACAGCACUGCUCUUCAGGAGCUCACACAGGCAUACGCUACUGAGAAAGAACAAUUCCACAAACAGUUCCAGCUUCAACUUCAGGAACUUAAAGGCGUGUCGGCGCGGGAACUGGAGGCAUGUCGCAGAGAGCUUGAAGAAGAGUCGUCGAGAAAACGUCAGCACUACCUGGAGGAGGCGGAGCUCCUCAAAGCCCAGUUGCAAGUUGAGAUUCAUCACAUCAAGACUGAGAAAGAGGCGGAGCUUGAGGACCUGCGGCGGGCCUUAGUGUCGGAACAGGAAGAGAAAGAGCGCAGCUACACUGCCAAAAUGAGCCAACUCACAGCACAACUGCAGCAGCUAGAGGAUAUGGUAGCACAGUUGCAAGCGGAGGUCGGCUGCUUGAAAGGAAAGUUGGAGGGUGAGCGCUCUGAGAAGGAGACGCUUGAUAUACUUCUCCAAAGACGGGACCGUGAGAAUCAGGAGGGAGGUAACCAUCUCAAAAUGCUGACCGAUGACCUGCAGACCGCUAAAGAGGAAAGACGUAAACUGCACCAGGAUAACGACAAGCUGAAGAAGGUGCUAAUUGAGAUGCUUCGUAGCACCAUUGCAACUGAAGAGCUGAUAGACCAAAAAAUUAAUACCAAAGGUAGCACAUCAGUGGAAGGGAAUAAAAAUGAUGAAUCAGCCAUGUCACUUGCAGAUAACACUUUACCUGAAGACUUGGAAUUGACCCACCAGCUCUGUGAGAGUCUGCUCGUUUCAGACACGCGCAUUAAUCCAGGAGGAGAGGACACUGCCAUGAAUGCCUGCAGCCGACUGCGCCAUACAGUUGAUACGCUCCUGGACCUGCUUAACCAGGCCAACGCACAGUUGGAGCAGAUGCAUAACUCCCGCUUGUCUAUGGAAGAGAGGUUCUCUCAAGGCCAAAAGGAUUCGGCCCAACUCCUUGAACAGCACAAUGUGUUGUUGGUGCAGAUGGAACAAGAAGUCAAGUUGAAGAGUGAGCUUGAGCUGGAACUCCACAAGACUGCGGGGCUCCUGGAGGGCUACGUGGCUGAAAAGGCCAUUCUCGAGGAGGCCUUGCUGCAGAAGGAGGCACAGGAGGAGCAUUUAGUAAAGGAGUUAGAGGACCUCCGUAGAAUGGCACACCACUCGGAAGGCCUCUGCACUGAGCUGGAGAACCUGCGAGCCAAACACCAGGAGCUGGGCGAGGAGAAUGCUGCCCUUCUGCGCCAGAAGGAGCACCUCUCUGUCGGCCUUGGGGAGAGGGAGAAAGUUCUGCUAUCAGAAACGGAGCGCUUGACCCAGGAUCGUAUAGACUUGCAGCGGCAGGCCGCGAAGGAUCAAAGUGCUCUGUCGCAGCGCUUACAAGCUCUUGAAAGGGAAGUGGAAGAGCAGGCGAUCAAGGACCAGGACAAGGAACUCCACCACAAGAGCCAAACGGAAGACCUAAGCCAGCAGGUGCAAGCGCUGGAGAAACAACUGAAGAACAAUCGGAAGUUCAUAGAGGAACAAGCCGUCGAGCGUGAACACGAAAGAGAUGAGUUCCAGCAGGAGAUUCGACGGCUGGAGAGUCAACUCAGGCAGACGACUGGUGGUGAAGUCAAAGGGCACAGGUUUGAGGACUUGGUUCUUCAGAUGGAGAAUCUGCAAGCCAUCAUUAAAGAGAACUCUGAGGACCACGCUUCUUUGGCGGCAACUAACCAGGAGUCGCAGAGAGAGCUCGCCGAGCGCAAUGAGGAGAUCGACAAAAUGUCUGCGCGAAUCCGUGAGCUGGAGCAAGCACUGCUAUGUAGCACAGAGUCUAAUAAAGCCACUAGCCAACUGGAGCAACAACUCCACAGGGCCAAGUUAAAGGAAGAGGAGCUCAUGCAAGAUAAGCAAGCCCUGGAACAGCAGCAGAUGUCCAACAGGCUCCAGAUAUCGGCGCUGCAGUCCAAACUGGAUGAGACUCGACACUGUUACAACGACAAUACUCGCGAGCCCAUUCAGGAGCUCAGGGAUGCUCUUGAUACGGCACAACAAAGCCUACAGAGCAAAGAGCAAAAGGUGGAAGUUCUGCAGUGCGAACUGGACAAUGUGCAAAGAGACUUGAGCAUUAAAGAAGCAGAGUUGAAAUACCUCACACUCCAACUGGAGCAACUCACCACUGAGAAGGCAGCAAAGGUUAAUGAGCUCCAAGAACAGAUUGACACCCUUAAGGAACAAGUGUCCACCCUCAGUAUUUUGGCAGAGGAAAAAGAGAUCCAAAGACAGGCAGAAGACUCAGAGGAAGAGACACUCCCCACUGCACUAAUACAGGAGAAGAACCUAGAGAUUGACCACCUCAACAAUGAGAUCCAAAGGCUGGAGCAGGAGCUGGAGAAUACCAACAAUAAGGAUCUGGAGGCCGAGCAUCUCCUUUCCGACAAUGCCAGAUUGCGGCAGGACAAACGUGAAGAGGAAGAGCGCCUCCACGAGGUCAUCAGCACUCUGCAUGCAGAACUCUCCACGCUCAGACCCACUGUGUACGAGGUGAGCGACUCGCAGGACAGCGACAGCAUCAACCCCUCGCUGGCUCCCAGCCCCGAACCUCGAGGCGGACCAAGCAGCCUAAAGCAUGAGCUCAACUUGAGUCAUCCGGCCUCCUCUCGGCCCCUCCGGUCGCGACUCCGGGCCCUUCAGAGUCAGCUGGAAACGGCGGUGGCGGAGAAGGAGAGUUUGGAGCGUUUACUGCUCACCCAGGAGGAGGAGUACAGAGGCCACGACAGAGAGUUUGGCCAACAGCUGAAAGCGGAGAGGGAGAAAGCGGACGAGCUCCGAGGCCAGCUCGCACUCAAAGAGGCCGAAUUUGUGGGUGUCGAGGAGGAGAGGGACGCUUUCAGACUACAAGCGCAGCAGGUGGUUGCUCUGCAAAAAGAGAAAGAUCACCUCAGCUCUCUGGUUACACAACUUCAGCAGAAGGAAGAAGACUUGGUGAGAGAAGUUGAGGACUUAAAAAUCAAAGAACAGGAAAUCAAGACCGAAGGCCUGACUGCGGGGACGCAAGUAGUGAGGCUAAGAUCUGAAGUGGCCAGUAGAGACGAGGCCAUCAAGGAGGCGCGGGCGACGGUGGAUGCGCUCGAAUCCAUCAAGGCAGAGCUGUCAACCGAAGGUGAGGCCCUCAAGAGGAGAGAGGUGCAGCUCCAGGAGGAAAUUGAACGACUGAAAGCCCAUGUCGAUGAGCUCACUGCUCGGCUUCUGGAAAGGGAGAACGAUCAGGUGAAGGAACUGCUGGCCCAAAGUGAGGAGAAUCUGGUUAAAGCCGAUGCCAUCAUAAAACUGAGGGAGACGGAGCUGGCCACACUAGCAGAGGAGCUUCAGGCCCUGAGGGAAGAGUUGGCCACUGUGAAACAAAACUUAAGUAGCAGCACUCAAAGAGCUGAAAAUUUACUUGAAGAAGUACAGAGAAAAGACCGUGCCCUGGUGGACCUGGAGAGCAACAAUUGCCUGCUGGAAAGGGAGAUUGUUCGUCUGAGGGAUGACUUGACCGUCCAGGAGAAGUCGCUAGCCUUCCAGCAAAGGGAACUGCAGCAAUUCAAACAGCACAGUCGCCAACUGGACACACUUACUCACCAAAAGAGAGGCUCACACUCGGAUAUUUCUCAUAGCUCUUUUGAGGAUGUGGUGAGCGCCUGUCGUGACACCACCUCCCUGAGCUCCCCGGAGGUGAUGCGGCACCUGGAGUGCUCCAAAGAUCUCCCCAAGGAACAUUUGCACACUUCCAUUUUGGGUUUUCGUCUGUCUGAGCUGAGCACGCUAGACCUGGUCCACCCUGACCCUGGGGUCAGCAAGUCAUCCGUGGUGGCAAUGGAUGCUCCUUUCUCCGGGACCAUUACCCCAGACCCAAUGAGACCGAGCAGCCACUCCCCUCGGUCUCUUUCCAUUUCGGAAAACUCUUCCAUUGUGGACUCAGCUGGUGUACAGAAAGUGUGUGAUUUGGAUGGAUUUGACGUAACUGCACCCUCAUCCCCGCUCGGAUCUACAUCUUCCUUAUCUGCACCAGAAUGGGCCAGCGACGGCUACGGCAGCAACGUAAGCUCCGAACUGGGAGCCAGGCUGAAAGUGGAGCUGGACCAGACUGAGAGGCUAGACGCUCAGUUUGUGGAGUAUCUCCGCUGUCGGGGCAUGAACCCCACUGCUAACACUGACAGCGCUGCAGGCAGCAUGAGCUUCAGCGAUGACCUCUUGACUCCAGAACUUCAGGCCCACUUGAGGAAAGUGUACCAAGAAAGCUGCAGAAUCUUGACCUUGUCCCAGCGUUGGACCUCGAAAUCAUUCCAUCCAUCGUAUGUCGCGGAAUUAAACUCAAUCUCACAGCUCCAGGAAAAAAACGAUCCCACUCUACUGGGCCAAGGCGAUAAUCUGUCCUCCAACCCUCCCAUGAGCUGGCAGGAAGAGAAAAGGGCCCUGCAAGGGACUGUAAUUUCUCUUCGUGAGCUGCUCUGCCGGAUGGCGCAGAGACACACACAGCCUACCUCUAGAGAUGAUGCUGACAGAGAGUUCCUCCAAGAGGAAUCCCAAACAAAAGCAGAGCUGGAAGAAAGCCAGAAGCAGUUGAAAUGUGCUCAUGAGACUCAGCAGGAACAAAAGAACAAAAUAAAAACGCUCAGGCUGGAAUUAGAAGAGUGUGAGAAGACUUUGACAAAGGAUCAGACAUUGGUCAAGGAGCUUCAGCAACGGCUUGAAAAAGAACAGGCUCUCAACGUGCAGCAAGGAAGAGAGAUGGAGCAGAGACUAGAGGUUAUGAGAGUGUCUUCUGAGGAGCAGAGGUCAGAAAUUCUGGCCCUCCAAGGUCAUGCGGAGCAGGAGAGGGUAACUUGCAGCAACCUGAGACGUGAGCUCCAGAUCGAGCAGUCCCGCAGCGUUCUGCUGGAAAAUCGUUUGGAAGACGAGCGCCAGCACUCAUCUGACCGACGCGAGGAGAACACCCGCCUCGAACGCCUCCUGACCCAAUCGGAAUCCCGCCUGGCCGAACUGCGCUCAGAGCUCGCCGAUGCCCAUCGUACACUGGACAAAGAACGCGACCGCUUCUCCAAUCAACUGCGCAACAUCGGGCUUUGUCGCGAAGCCGACGCCGCUCGAGACAGGAAGUUCAUCUCAGACUUACGCUCGCAGCUGGAGGACGAGCGAAGGCGGGAGGAGGAACUGGCCUGCUCGGCGGAUAAAUUGAGGGAGGAGUUAUUCGAGAGCGGGAGGAGAAUGGACGGGGACAAGGCCAUAUUAGAGGCAUUAAGGGAGCAGAAAAUGAAGAUAGAACAGACUUUAGAGGCAAAAAACGUGGAGCUUGGCGAGCUGAAGGAGAGGAUGCGAUUGCUGAAGGAGCAAUGGGAGAUGGAGCGUCAGAAGGCGUGGCAGGAGCAGAUGGAAAAGGAGAAACGGCAUGAGAGGACCAAUAGCAAACUGCGCGACUUAGAGUUGCUGAGGCAGCAGGAAAUACAACGCACAGAGGACUUACAGCGCACUUUGGCCCAACUCCAAAGAAAGGAAAGGGACUCUGCUGCUCAGACUGUGCCGAUACAUAUCUCCGAACACCGCCGGACGGACGGCGCCGACACCGGUGUUCAGAACUCACAGAUUGUAAGGCCUUUUCUCUUUUCGCAAAAGAUACCGCCCACCUCCUCGUCUAGCUUCCUGGAAAAGAUGCUGAACGAAAACACAGAGUUGACGCAAAGAGUGACGUCUCUGAGCCAAGACAGGGCCGCCCUUAAACAGAAAGUCACCUGCCUCGAAAUCCAGCUGCACCACUUCGAGAAUGAGCUUGCCAAAGUGGCCACCGAGAGGGAAAACAUCCCAGUCAGAGACAUGAUCCCCAACAAUAAGGUGCAGCGUUUAUACGAACGCUACCUCCGUGCCGAAAGCUUCCGGAAAGCUCUGGUGUACCAGAAACGCUACCUGCUGCUCCUCCUCGGAGGAUUCAAGGAGUGUGAGCAGGCCACCCUGUGCCUGAUCGCCACCAUGGGAGCACAUCCGUCCCCGGCGCCCGCAUUACGGAGACCCCUGGGAAGAUUUAGAUCGGCCGUACGAGUGGUCGUAGCCGUCUUGCGAAUGAAGUUUCUAACCAGGAAGUGGCAGAAAGCCAUCAGAAGAUUACCUGCGUAUGGGACGGCUAACGGCCAAACUCCAGUAUCGAAAGCUGAGGUUUUAAGAGAGCAGAAGCAGCCAUGUUUGAAUUCUGACUCAUCCCUAAGCAGAGACCCGGUGUCUGCUCUUGUCCCGCCCAGCAAAUCACCCUUCAGGCUGCACAACAGGUCCUUUUCUAGCUCUACACCGUCUUUGGUGACAGCUUCUCAAGAAACAGAAAAAUCCCUGACUGAGUACAUCCAUCACCUGGAGAAAGUCCAGCAACGAUUCGUCGGUUCCAAGCCAGCAGUCACAUUUAGUUCUGGCCAGAAAGGUGGAAAGGAAUCCACAGGCAGCUUGUUCCCCUGAUAUGAUUGGCUAUCGGCAGCGCUGGUUGCAGGAGAACAGAACGUGGCUGUACCUAAGCUGCCUGUCGCCUCUUUAUCUGCACGGCUCAGGCAAGCUGAGUGGUUAGCACGUCUGCCUCACAGUUCUGAGAUCAAGGGUUCAAUGCCGGGCAUCGGCCUUCCUGUGUGGAGUUUGCAUGUUCUCCCCGUGCCUGCGUGGGUCCCCUCCGGGAACUCCGGUUUCCUCCCACAUCCCAAAAACAUG